UAUCGCUUUAGAGUCACAGCCAUUCUUUUCCACCGCAUCACUACAGACUCGGGAAAAAGAUGACUAAGACAGGAAAGCCAGACAGCUACUGGAGGGACCUCUGUAUAAAAUAUGCCCAGGGCCUUUACCGCUUCUCGACUGGCAAACGGCCAGGGGCCAAGAAAUGGAAAAAGGCCUUGGAGAACAUCGAUGCUUGCCCCCUGCAGAGCCAUAGUGGUAGUAAGGAUCUGUUCGGGAGAAGCCUUCAGUGCUCCUGUGGCUUCCACAAGGUAUGUGAAAUUAUUUUCCCCUGUGGGUUCCACAAGGUAAGUGAGUUAUUUACUAACUGAUUGUUUACAGGUUUGCUUGUUUCUUCCUCUGGUGGGCUUCAGUGAUUUUGCAGUAAUGCCUGAUGUAUUUUAACAACUGGAGAAAACUAGUAGUGUAGGAUUCUUAGAUGUAUGUACCAUGGCCUCUCUUUGUGAACCCCCCCCCCCAGCCAGCAGAUCUGUCAUCAGGAGCUGGGUCCAGUGAGGCAAGAGUAGUUGAGACGGAGGCAGGGCGAGUCCGAGUCGGCUCAGAGGCAGGAAGAGGAGACACGGAUGCAGGGGGAGCCCAGUCCCACACAGAGGCAGAGGCAGGGCGAGGAGACAAGGAGGCAGGGAGAAGAGACACAGAGACAAGGAGAGGAGUCACGGAUGCAGGGGGAGCCCAGUCCCACACAGAGGCAGAGGCAGGGCGAGGAGACAAGGAGGCAGGGAGAAGAGACACAGAGACAAGGAGAGGAGUCACGGAUGCAGGGGGAGCCCAUUCCCACAAAGAGGCAGAGGCAGAGAGAGGAGACAAGGAGGCAGGGAGAAGAGACACAGAGACAAGGAGAGGAGUCACGGAUGCAGGGGGAGCCCAUUCCCACACAGAGGCAGGGAGAGGAGACAAGGAGGCAGGGAGAAGAGACACAGAGACAAGGAGAGGAGUCACGGUUGCAGGGGGAGCCCGGUCCCACAAAGAGGUAGAAGCAGAGAGAGGAGACAAGGAGGCAGGGCCAUCAGUGGCAGGACAGGAAUUGCAAUGCUACGGGUGCAACCAGCUUGUGGAGGCAGCACAUUUUUCAGAGCACCUGUCUGACCACCAUACUCAGGAGACGUGUGACACCUGUGGGGCCAAGGUGCAGGGUACUGUUGGUCUUUUGAACCAUAUUCAACAGGUUCACUAUGCAGGAUUCGUUAUGCCAUCAAUGCAAAAGCCAACAGUCCUAACAUCGAAGCCAACGCCAUCACCACCGAAGCCCACACUACUACCACCGAUGCCAACUCCAUCUCUGCUCCCUCCUUCAAAUAGCUGUGCCACGCCAUACCACACUGCAACUCCACCUAUACCAACUCCAGUAGUUUGGAAAGG